ACUCACUCAGAGGGGGAUGUCAGUGGAAUUCCAUUCCACUAGAAGAGAGAAAAACAGCCACAAGCCCCAUUACAUCUGACUUCCACUGAUUCCAUCUCCAGAAAACUCCAAACAUUUGGAUGAACUAGUUUUAAUAGACAAUCUGACGAGUCCCAGCUGACCAGCUUGCUGCACACUUACCACUGGAAAAGACACCAUCUCCUAACUGUAGUAGAAUUUGGUGUAGAAGAUUGCAGAGGACCAUGCAGGCACCGAGGGUUCCUCUGUGUGCAACUUUAUUUGCCCUGUGCUGGAUUUUGACAUUGGUUAUCAAUGACGAGUUGGUUAAUGCUGCCAAGCCCAACCAGAGAACAAGGAGCAUCCAAAACAGUGAGAUUAAUUCAAAAAGAGAAGAUCUACAGGAUGGAUUUUCAGAAGACACUCAGAUGGAUGAGCCUGGAGCAGAAGAGAUGGUUGAAAAACAAAAACCAAAGGGUAAAAAGACACCUGAGGAGCUAUUAGCUGCCAAGGCAAAGAAGGCGGCUGAGAAGGAAGCCAAAGCCAAGAAACCGAAGCCCACAAAAAAAACCAAACCCCCAAAACCAACAAAGAAACCCAAGGCCACCAAGAAACCCAAGCCUCCAAAACCCACCAAAAAGCCGAAAGCACCAAAACCCACCACAACACCAACGACUAGAGCAACUAAACCAACCAGAAAGUCAACCAUGGAGGAAGAGGAGGAGAAACUGCUGCUGGAGCUGGGAUGGGACACGUUAUUUCCAACAGAGCCAAAGGAAACGGAGAUUGAGAAACCCAUUGGCCCAGAUCAUGUAGACGUCCACAGCAAGAAAGAUGCCGUUACACCACCUACAAUCAAAGAGCACGAUCCAGAUUACUGGGACGCACAACAUGAAGUUCCAGAACCCGACCUCAUCCCUAAAGUCAAGGAGCCGGCUAGCACUGAUGACCCAAGUAUAUACUUACCAAUCCCAGAGGAAUCCACUACCACUCCUCGAACAGUUGCCCCUUGGUAUGAGGAAUACGAUUAUUCUGACUUGGCGGCAAAGAAGCUGGAGGAAGAGCUGGAAAAAGCAAGAAAGGCCAAAGAGGAGAAGGCGGAAAAACUACAGAAGAUGUGGGAAGAGGAGGAGGAGGAGAAGAGAAAGCAGACGGUUCCUCGUGCCGAGCCAAAGAAGUGUCCUCCUCUUGGCAUGGAGUCUCAUCGAGUGGAGGACGAUCAGAUACUGGCAUCUUCUAUGUCUCAUCAUGGAUAUUCGGCUCUGAGAGGACGUCUGAACAUGCAGAGUUCAGCUGAUGAGGACGAUGUUUACGGCGGUGCGUGGUGUGCUGAUACGGAGGAAAAGGAGCACUGGUUUCAGGUGAACGCCCGUCGAGAGGUGGAGUUCACCGGCAUCAUCACGCAGGGCAGGAGCUCAGAUACACAUGAUGACUUCGUGUCAUCGUAUUUUGUGGCCUUCAGUAACGACAGUCGUGAUUGGACGGUGCUUCAUGAUGGUUACGCUGAGUGGCUCUUUUAUGGGAAUGUGGAUAAAGACACUCCAGUAAUGACAGAGUUCUCUUAUCCAGUUGUAGCGCGUUACAUCCGUAUCCUCCCGCAGAGCUGGAACGGCAGCCUGUGUAUGAGGCUGGAGGUGCUCGGCUGCCCAUUACCCACUAAUUAUCCAACCGAGAACGAUGUUCCACCGACGGAUGAUCUCGAUUACAGGCAUCACAACUACAAAGAGAUGAGACAGAUGAUGAAGGUGAUCAACGAAGAAUGUCCCAACAUCACCAGAAUAUACAACAUCGGAAAAAGCUCUCAAGGGCUGAAGAUGUACGCAAUGGAGAUCUCAGACAACCCUGGAGAACAUGAGACAGGUGAGCCGGAAUUCCGUUACACAGCAGGGCUUCAUGGGAACGAAGUUCUGGGCAGGGAACUUUUGCUGCUCUUGAUGCAGUUCCUCUGUAAGGAAUACAAUGAUGACAAUCCACGAGUGCGCCGCCUUGUGGGGAGCAUACGCAUCCAUCUAGUGCCCUCACUGAACCCUGAUGCCUAUGAGCUGGCCUAUGAGAUGGGCUCUGAGAUGGGGAACUGGGCUUUGGGCCACUGGACAGAGGAGGGAUACGAUAUUUUCCAGAACUUCCCAGACCUGAACAGUAUUCUGUGGGGUGCGGAGGACAGGGGAUGGGUGCCACGGGUCGUUCCCAAUCACCACGUUCCCAUUCCUGAGAAUUUUCUUAAUGGCUCUCUCUUUUAUGGGAAUGUGGAUAAAGACACUCCAGUAAUGACAGAGUUCUCUUAUCCAGUUGUAGCGCGUUACAUCCGUAUCCUCCCGCAGAGCUGGAACGGCAGCCUGUGUAUGAGGCUGGAGGUGCUCGGCUGCCCAUUACCCA